UUUACUAAAAACACGAAAAAGAGCGGGAGUGAGAAACUAAACGUUUAAUGAUCCAAAAUUUCCAUCACUCGCUCAACCAACUCAGUCACAACUCGAUUUUGUAAAUGGCCGUCAGGGUUUGUGAACUCACAGUUCUUGGAGAGUUCAAGCCAUUUGGCCUGAUUGCUGAAGCUCUGGACGGUAAACCUCCAGACACCGACCCUGAUGACUACGACUAUUUCCUCUUCGAUCCCGAAAUCGCCCGAGACCGCAACGAAAUCGACGAAACCGAUACAUGCGGCUCCGCGCUCAGAGAUCGCAGCGACCACGAGCUCUUCAUUAGAGGAAACAAGAUUAUAUGGUCUACUGGUGCAAGAGUUUUCAAGAGAUUCACGUUGCCCUCCCCAGUUAUCAUGGCGUGCUGGUGUCAUCUGGGUGAUCUUUCUGAAGCUCUGCUUUGCAUAUUGCUUACUGAUUCCUUAACAAUAUAUAACAUAUCAGGUGAAGUAGUAUCCAUUCCCCUCCCUUGUACUAUCACAUCAAUAUGGCCUCUCCCAUUCGGUUUGCUACUCCAGUCAGCCUCUGAGAAUUCUCCAAUGCAAAAUCACUUCUCAUCCCCAAGCCCUUUAUUUGGCGUGUGUGAUAUGUCCCGUGCUAAACGAGAGAUUGUGCACAGCCCACACCAUAACUUUGGUGUUUUGGGGACAUUUGAUCAUGUGAUCAAAGGAGAUUCAGUUAUAAUGUCCUCACAUCUCAUUUUGAAGGAUCUGUUGGAAGAGCCACAUUUGAUGUAUGUUGAAGAAAGAGGAAAAUUGACCAUAAUGAAGGAUUUUGAUGAAAGAGCAAUUUGGACUAGCAAUCGAAUUCCUCUAAUGGCAUCAUACAAUAAAGGGAAGAUGCAGCAUUCACUGUGGGUUGCUGAAAUCAUGAAUUCUAAUUUUGAAGCUGAAAAUGCCAGUCUAAGUGGUGCAGCUUUUGAUGAUGUAUUAGAUAAAAAUUUCUCCUUCCGUAGAAUAUGGCAGGGGAAGGGUGCCCAGACAGCUGCUAGUAAGGUUUUUCUCGCGACUGACGAUGAUGCUGCUCCUGUUAUUUGUUUUCUUCUUCAAGAACAGAAGAAGUUGUUGUCUGUAAAGCUUCAAAGUCUUGAAAUUAAUAAUGAGAUUAUUUUUGAUAUCAAACCUGAUGUGAGCUGGAGUGUUGCUGCAGUUGCAGCUGCACCUGUGAGUGUUACACACCCAAGAGUGAAAGUAGGACUCCUGCCUUAUACAGACACUGUUGUUUUGGCUCCCGACAACUCGCUUCUCCUUAUUUCAGGGAAGCAAUUAUUGUGUAAGUAUUUGUUGCCGUCUUUUUUUGGAAAAGGCCAUCUUUCACAUAAUUUGGAAUUCUCAGAGACUGCAUCUGUUCCGCUUGACUCAAAGAUUUUAGGAUUGACUGAUGCAGUGGAGGGGCGUGUUAAUCUAAUAUUAAAUAGUGGCCAGAUGAUUCGAUGCACAUUACGAAGAAGCCCUUCAUCUUCAUUAGUUAAUGAUUGCAUCACAGCAAUGGCUGAGGGGCUCAGUUCUGGCUUCUAUAACCAUUUCCUUGCUCUUCUCUGGGGAGAUAGUAACUCUGACUAUUUGUCUAGGGCCAAUUCUAGUGUUGAUUCUGAAUGGAACUCAUUUUGUAAUAUCAUACUUCAAAUGUGUAGGAAGCCUAGUGCCACUUCUCAGAAGCAUUCAGACUUAGAGCAGCAUUCAUCCUGGGAGUUUCUUGUUAACAGCAAAUUUCACAAGAACUACCAUAAACUUAAUUUUAUUUCUAGGGUUUCUUCAUCAGAAUUGUCCUUUGAUCCGGAGAAAAUGGAUUCCUUUGGAUCAAAUAUGGAAGGUAAUCGAAGUUCAGAAAAGUCAUUUUACUUUGAGCUAUUACAGGAGAGCUUGGAUUGUCUACAUGCAUUAUAUGAAAGUCUGAAACUGGAUAAACUUCGCAAACGGGACUUGGAGCUUGUGGCAGUUCUUUUAUGCAAUAUUGCCAAGUUUCUUGGUGAGGGAAAUUAUUUGGAUCAUUAUAUUCGUGAUUUUCCUGGUCUGAUUUUGAAAAUUGGGACAUGUGAGAUGCCUUUCUCCCAGAAAACUCCUCCUAGUUUAUUCAGAUGGCUUGAAAACUGCUUGCAACAUGGUUGUAGUUCUGCUAAUACGGAUGAUCUUCCGCCUUUAAUUUGUAAAGAUGGAAACUCUGUUGUGAGCUGGGCAAGAAAGAUAGUUUCCUUCUACAGUUUAUUAUGUGGUGGUAAACAAAUAGGCAAGAAGCUGUCAUCUGGUGUUUACUGUAAUAUUGCUAUGGGUUCAUGUUGCACUAGUGAGGAGCUCACGGUUUUGGCAAUGGUUGGGGAAAGAUUUGGUCUGCAGCAGCUUGACUCACUACCAUCUGGUGUAUCCCUUCCUCUGCGACAUGCCCUAGACAAGUGCCGGGAAUCCCCUCCAACUGAUUGGUCUGCAGCUGCAUAUGUUCUUCUUGGUAGAGAGGAUCUGGCUUUGUCUUGUUCAGCUCUGCCAUGCAAAUCUGGGGAACUUGAAACUCAACCCAAUGUGAAUCUGAUCUCCAUGUCGACACCUUACAUGCUACAUUUGCAUCCGGUGACAAUUCCUUCUACAGUUUCUGAUACUACUGGACUGGAAAGUGCCAAGUUUGAAGAUUCAGAUUCUGCUGAUGGGUCUAUGAUGGAUGGUAUGGAACAUAUCUUCAACUCCAGCACUCAAUUGCAGUAUGGUCGAGAUCAGCGGUUGAAUGAGGUUAGACGACUCUUGUGCUCCACAAGACCUGUGGCUAUCCAAACAUCUGUUAACCCCAGCGCCUCUGACCAGGACAUACAGCAGGCUCAACUGUGGCACCUGGCACAAAGGACCACUGCUCUUCCUCUUGGCCGUGGGGCAUUUACUCUAGCAACCAUAUCUACCCUUCUAACAGAGGCCUUCACGGUGCCAAAGCUUGUUUUAGCAGGUCGGUUGCUGGCUCAACAAAAUGCAACUGUAAAUCUAGACCCAAAUAUAAGGAAUAUACAAGAACUUAAAUCUUGGUCAGAGUUUCACAAUGCUGUUGCUGCUGGACUAAGGCUGGCUCCCCUUCAGGGAAAAGUGUCAAGGACAUGGAUUAUAUACAACAAACCUGAGGAACCAAAUGCGAUCCAUGCUGGACUCCUCCUUGCAUUAGGAUUACAUGGAUAUCUGCGUGUUUUAGUGAUUAGCGACAUAUACACUUAUUUCACACAGGAGCAUGAAAGUACAACGGUAGGAUUAAUGCUUGGUCUGGCAGCUUCUUACAGGAAAACAAUGCACCCAGCAAUAUCAAAGUCACUGUAUUUUCAUAUACCUUCUCGGCAUUCUUCUUCAUUUCCGGAUUUGGAGUUACCAACCCUUGUGCAGUCAGCAGCACUAGUUUCAGCUGGGCUUCUCUAUGAGGGAUCAGUUCACCCGCCGACAAUGCAGAUUCUUCUGGGAGAAAUAGGCCGUAGAAGUGGAGGCGAUAAUGUUCUUGAAAGAGAGGGUUAUGCUGUUUCUGCAGGAUUUUCUUUGGGUCUUGUUGCUUUGGGUCGAGGUGAAGAUGCACUUGGUUUCUUGAACAGCUUGGUUGAUCGAUUGUUCCAAUACAUUGGUGGCAAGGAGAUGUAUAAUGAAAGACCCCUUUUCUUGACACCAUCAACGGAUGAACAAAACCAUGGUGCUGGACAGAUGAUGGAUGGAACUGCAGUCAAUGUUGAUGUUACUGCACCUGGAGCUAUCAUUGCUCUUGCAUUAAUGUUUUUGAAGACCGAGUCAGAGGCAGUUGUAUCAAGGCUUUCUAUUCCUCAGACCCAUUUUGAUUUGCAAUAUGUGAGACCCGACUUCAUAAUGCUUCGUGUCAUAGCUCGGAAUCUGAUAAUGUGGAGCAGGGUGCAUCCAUCCAAUGAUUGGAUUCAGUCCCAGAUUCCUAACAUUGUCAAAAGUGGUGUUAAUGGCCUUGAAGAUCAUGUUAAUGACAUGGAUGAAAUGGAUGCAGAAACCUUUGUCCAGGCAUAUGUCAAUAUUGUGGCUGGAGCGUGUAUUUCUCUUGGUUUGAGAUUUGCUGGCACAAAGGAUGGGAAUGCGCAGGAAUUACUCUAUGAAUAUGCUGUUUACUUUCUAAAUGAGAUCAAGCAUGUUUGUGCUACAACUGGAAAUGCCUUUCCUAAGGGAUUGUCUCGUUAUGUUGACCGUGGCACUUUGGAAAUAUGCCUUCAUCUCAUUGUUCUUUCAUUGUCUGUGGUUAUGGCUGGUUCUGGACAUCUACAAACAUUUCGAUUAUUGAGAUUUCUCCGCAGUCGCAACUCUGCAGAUGGUCAUGCUAAUUAUGGCACUCAGAUGGCUGUAAGCUUGGCAAUUGGUUUUUUGUUUCUCGGGGGAGGGAUGCGGACAUUUUCCACAAGCAACAGUUCGAUUGCUGCUUUACUUAUUACUCUGUAUCCACGUUUGCCCACUGUACCAAAUGAUAAUCGUUGCCACCUUCAGGCAUUCAGGCAUUUAUACGUCCUUGCAACAGAGGCUCGAUUGCUUCAGACUGUUGAUGUUGACAGUGGUCUGCCUGUCUAUGCCCCUGUUGAAGUUACUGUCAAAGAAACUGAACAUUAUUCAGAAACAAGUUUUUGUGAAGUUACCCCUUGUAUUUUGCCAGAACGUGCUAUUUUGAAGAGUGUACGUGUUUGUGGCCCUCGGUAUUGGCCUCAAGUAAUGGAGCUUGUUCCUGAAGAUAAACCUUGGUGGAGCAUUGGGGAAAAGAAUGACCCAUUUAAUUCUGGUGUCAUCUACAUCAAACGGAAGGUUGGAGCUUGUUCAUAUGUUGAUGAUCCCAUAGGGUGCCAAUCACUGUUAUCACGAGCAAUGCACAAGGUUUUUGGUUUGACGAAUAUAAAAGUGGGUGAUCCAAGUACCAGUGACCAUAGUGGACCAGGUUCAGUUACAGUUGAUCAGCUAGUCAGUUCCUUCUCUUCUGAUCCUAGCUUAAUUGCCUUUGCACAGCUCUGCUGUGACCCUUCUUGGAAUUGCAAAUCUGAUGUUGAAUUCCAGGAAUUUUGCUUGCAAGUAUUAUUUGAGUGCAUUAGCAAAGACAGACCAGCUCUUCUACAGGUAUAUUUAUCAUUAUAUACUACAAUUGGUUCAAUGACUGACCAAGUUACAAAUGGUACUUUUAUUAUUGGAGAUUCACUCGCUUUGUCUAGUUUAAAGCUAGCUUUAACCUAUAACGAGGCCCUUCUCAGUGGAAGACUGACUACACCAAGAGGUAGCAUUAUUCAAUCUGUCUUUCUAGGAUCACUUAAAAAGCGGGUGGAAGAGCUGCUACAUUGUUCAGAGGGAUUGAAAAUUGAUUUUUGCAACUAUUUGAAUUUUGGGAGAUGGCCCAAUGAUCAAACAGAGGGAGAGAAAAAUUCUGUGCUUCUAUCUUGGUAUCUUCAAUGGUUUGCAGUACCAUCAUCGUCCAUAAUCAAGACAGCAAUGGAGAGAGUUAAGCCCAAGCUUGUGUCAGCAUCUUCGGUUCCCUUGCUGCGUUUGUUAUUGCCAAGAACUCACAUCAAUGCAAUUGGUGAGAUAGAUAAGUUAUUGGUUUCUCCCCAAGUCAGUGGAUGAGGUAUGGAUGCUGUGUUCUUUCAAAGGAAGGUAAGGAAGCGUGUCCAACUCCACAGUUUUGCAACUUCAGAAAUCGUACUUUUAAAAUUGUUCUACGUUAGGUUUCAGGAAGUGAGAAACGGGACUGUAGUUUGGUUUCUUGUUUCUUUCGCUCUUGAGCUGUUUCAAAAUGCAAGGUUUUGUGAAGUUGGAAAAAGGCACGAGUUCAUGAAGAAGUUGGAACUGGAAGUCUUAACCAAAGUGGAACCUCUAUGUCAUCCAGCGAAGUGGUUGUGGCAGAGAAUUGAUAUCGGCUCAUCAUGCUUCAGGGAGUAAGUGGGGAGCAACUGCACCUGCCUCGAAACGGAACCUACUAGAGGUUCUCCUUUUGGCACGCGGAGGUGUUUUUCAAUGUGAAAUUUGUAUGCAGAUUAUAUUUAUCUGUAUUUGUCUAUUGUAUAUUUUUUGUCGUUAUUAGCAACAUUAGAGCGUACAUGAAAUCUCCAAUGAUGAAAUCCUCCCCGCUCCCAUCCUAUAUUUCCUUCAUUACCUGGCCCCUCGUUACAAAAUUCACAGCUAAAUUAACGUUGAUCUCCAGUGUUUUGCCUCCAUAACAUUAUUAGCAUCCAAUUGAAUGCAUAAAUUUCUUUUAAUGAUUUCAA